AUUAAGGGUGAGGAGCCUGGAAAGGUUGCAGAAGGAGCAGCAAAGAACCAGAUGGUGAUAUGUACGGUGCGCCGGUUGUAAUGGGCCAGAGAAUUUGGUCAGGGCAGCCUUGGGGAACUGCAUUUUGGAGCAGCUGAUGCCCCCUGCUGCUCAGCCUGAGUUUGAGAAAAUGACCGGACCCCCUGAGAAAGAGAAGACCAAGAGGAUGCAGUUUGAGGGUGUUGAAUGGUCCAUCAAGGACCCCCCUCUCCUCACUUCACUCCGCAUCAAGUGGUGGGGGCAAGAUGGAGAGGGCACAACUUCCAGGAUCUAUGCAAAGAGCAGUGCACACUUACUGACGUCAGCCACCAACCUGGUAUUUCCAGCCAUGUGUGGCCCAAAGAACUUGUCAUCCUACUUUCAUGAUAUGCAUAAUCUGCCUGUUGAGAUUACUAGCGGGUCAGGGCCGGCGAGGGUCGUUGGGAAAGCGGAGAUUGACAUCAGCGACCUGGUCCGAGUGAGCUCCAUCAGUAGGAAGAAUCCACUCAUAGCUGGCCAGAGGACAGUUGGUGUGGUGCCACUCACUAUCUCCGUCAAUUUCUUCCCAACAGUGGUAACCUCCUUCGAGCUGAAUGAGCACCAGGCUGAGGCCGAUACGCUGACGCCGGUUCUGCCGACCCCGCGCCUCACCACCUGGAGAGCUGCUGCAGCCAGCGGGUCAAAGACAGGGGUAGGGGGCAUUCCGGCGGAAGAAAGCGGACCCAGCGGAAUCGGUAUCAGUCCCUUGGAAACCGGCAUGGGACGACUUGAGCCCCCAGAUAGCUCGAGACGAACUGAAGAUGGGUCACAGGGGGUGGUUUCGGCGGCAAGUGACGUGGCAGGCGGGGUUGUUGAACAAGGGAACGAAUUGCUGGGUCAGAGUGUGCUGAUAGAGUCUGGGAACGGGGACGGGAUUGCAUCCAGUCGUGCGGCAGAACAACUAGGAGGGGACGAAAUGCACUCAGAUCAAGCGAAGGCUGCUGGGGAUGAGUCCACUGCGCGGGCAAGCGAGCAGCCGGGGUUGGGUUCACCCGAAGUAACGGCUUUCCCAGAUGUCGGAGAAAAGGCGUCAGAGGUAGCUCAAUUAGAGAGAGUGAACGAGGGCCCCAAGGGUCCAAGCAACCUUGACGCCGAGCUUAGGGCGCUGAUCGCCAGGGCGGAGAAGCUCCGAGAGGCAAUGACUCGAGCGAGCGAGACAGUUCCUGUCCCCGUGAGCAGCGCAGCCGCCCGGUUGGCCCGCCUUGAGCUUCCCCUGAUCGGGAAAGACCGAGUACCAAUCCCGCAGGCAGAGUCUAUUUUUGCUGACGGGCGCGGCGGGCGGGAGAGAAACCCUCGCUCUAGUUUGCGCCGGAUUGUGGAUGUGCUUGACGAAGAAGAGGGGCUGGUAACUAGGUAUGGGCCGUUCAGGCGGCGGGGGCGCUCGGUGCUGUCGCCCAGGCACUCUAGCAAUGACUCAUCGGACGGCUCCAAUUGCACAUCGGACGGCUCAGACGGUUCGUACGCUUCGGACAGCUGGGCAGAGCCGGACAGCGAGGAUGACCCUCGCGGCGUCGCGGAGGACGAGCUUUUGAAGGAGCUGUUCUUUGCGGAGGCUGGGAGCGAUCGGCGGCGGAUCGCGGACGAGUCGAGCGACCAAGAUAUGGCUGGCGGGGCGGAGGCGCCAAGGGGCGAAGCAGGGGAAAGGCCCGGUUUGGCGUCGUCGGUCGAGCAGGCAACCACGGUCCGGAUCGUGGUGGGCCAUCUCGUACUGGGGGGAACUCUUGGUGGGGAGUCGGAUCCCCCCCCCAGCUGCACACUCUCGAUGCGCUUACCCGUCGUUCCCCCCGCCAUGGCCGACGUUGCGGCCGUGCACCCCCCCCAAGCGAUGUCCAUCGUUCCGUCCAAAGUCAGCGCUAAGGGCCUCGUUUUCCGGCACAGCGCAGAGUUUCCGGUCCGGAUGGCGGAUCCGGACGUCCGCCAGCUGUGGCAGUUCGGCGAACUGAGGGUCGAGGCGCAUUUUGGAAGGGGGGCGGUGCGUGUUGAGUGCCGGGGAAGCGUCUCUCUUGAGGAUGUCCUGAGCAGUGUGCCCGCUUCGUUUCGGACCAGUGUCCCUUUGUAUAUUGAAGCGCGCGAGGAGAACGGGGAGAAGGGGCAAAGUCGGGGACUUCAGGAAACGAGAGACGGUUCAGAGGUUCCCCCGGGAGAGCCCGAGCCGGCGGAAGAGCGUAAUGAUUCAGGUGCUGAGGAAGUAGGGCGCAAUGAAGGGGCGGCCAUUUUGCAGACCGGAGGAGGGGCCCCUUCAGGCAAGAGAGGGGAAGCUGAAGAGGGGAGGGGCGCCGAGGGAGCGCCAGACGCUGGCAGCGACUGGCGACUCGACGAGGGAGUGCUCUUUGGAACACUAGAUUUGGAGGUGCAGUUGCUCAGCAGCGGAAGGGGUGGCGCGCAGAAGCCAGCAGAGACUCCGGCGCUGACUGAGUUUUAUGCGAUAGACGACGGCAGGGAAAGCAGGGUAAGCCCGCCCCGCCUGCUUGUACAAGUCAAGUGUGUCGAGCUCUCGAGUGGCCGGCAGGAGGCCGAAAAAGCGAGAGAAGGAGAGGUCAUCUUGGUCGCGAAAGCACCGAGAUCGGCGGGCGGCGACGUGGAGUUGCGAGUGCAUGACGGGGGUUUUGGGCGGGGGCAGAAGUUGAGUCAAUUGAGAGAGGGCAUUGUUCCAGCGCCGAAGGAACUAGCUGGGUCCGCCAUCGCAAGGCAGGAGGGGACGCUCGUCGUGGAAGUGUGGGAGCGGAGCCACGCGGGUGACGUCAGCGAGAGCCGCAUGGGUGACGUCAGCGAGGCGCUCCUGGGGCUGGUCCGGGUGCCGCUGAGGCGCCGGGAGCGGCCGCCGAGGUUGCGGGGUUUGGAGGGUUCAGUCCAGGAUCAACUGGUCGAGAUCUGGGACCCGCUGACGGGUUUGAACCGGGGAGAAGUGAGAGUGACGGUCUGGCUCGGAAGCGCGGCACAGAUUCAGCAGUUUGUGUGGGAGACUGCGGCGGCUGUGUGCAUUCAGCGGUACGCAAGAGGCUUUGCUGCAAGGAAGCGGGUCGCCGCUCAGGUGGCCGCCCGGCGGGAAGAGGAACUAGGGAUGGGGAGAGGCGCGUGCGUCAAGCACACGUUCCGCGUGACGGUCGUGGGCGCUGCGGGACUGCCCGCGGGGGAGGCCCUGUAUGACGUCAGCGGCGCACGAGCCGAAACGGAAGCCGACCCGUCCCAUUCUGCAAAACAUGCAGCUGCGCAGGGGAAGGCGACUAACCCCAGGAAGAAAGCGGUUACUUUCAAAGCGGACCCGCAGCAUUUUGAAGCCCCUCCAAGGAAUCUUCCGACUUCCCCCCUGAAAAAGUUGAAGUCCGCAGAAGCCUCAGGUCAAAGCCGCUCGGAAGCGCACCCUUCUCCGCCCGAAGGACACCGGUUCAUUAAGUACUGGUUCCCGGGGGAAACGGAACCGCUGUACACACGGAACGUCGACUGGAGCGGAAGUCCCCGGUUCGGGGCUCAGGCGUGGCACAGCAUAACCCUUCCGGUUGCGGAACGCAUCGGCGAUCAUUUUGGGGCGGCGGCGCACGGGCUGCGGUUCGAGGUGUGGGACCGGGUGGACACGUGGCAGGGCGAGAGAGGGCCGGAGGAGUGCCACGUGGGUGCGGCGGAGUUGCAGAUGGACGUGCUGCUGAAGGCUGCGGAUGUGCGGCGACCAGCGAGUGGUCCGGAGUUCAAGAAGACGUUUGAGCUGCCCAUCCGCCUGGCCGAAGGGAUUCCCCCCGGGGAGGGCUUCCCCCGACUGCAAGUGGAGCUUUCCUACCAGGCGAGCGCGGUCUUCCAGCACCCCCUGGCGGACACGGUGUUUGCGCCCCAGGGACAGCCGCUGCCAGAAUUGCCCAUCAAGGCUGUUCUCGACAUCAGAAUCAUCAGGGCGUCUGGCCUGCAGGCCGCUGUUGCCGCCGCUAUCCCGACGAGCCCCUCCCUCCGGACGGUUCUCCACUCGGGCGCCCAUUCGUACGUCCGGCUGUCCCUCUUUCCGUCCAGCCACGAGCUCGAGCUGCAGUACCCCCCCAUCCACACACCUCUGCAAGCCCAGACUUUUACCCCCCACUACGGGUUCCACCGCCGACUGAGCGUCACGGUUAACGAGGAGGUUUUGGAAGCGUUCAGAACGGGGGUGGCGGUUCUGGAAGUGUGGCACCACGCGCCGCGGUCGAUGCAGGCGGAAGGGACGAACUCGUGGCUGGGGACGGUCAGCGUGCCGCUGAGCCAACUGGUGAAGAAUGAGAAAGGUAUCAACGGAUGGUACGACAUCCUCUCGAGAAGGGGCGACAUGGUUGGGGCCAUCGAGCUGGACAUCGCAGUCGCGGAGUGGCGGCCCCUGCCCCAGGCCGACGACCAUGACGUCAUCCUGACGUCACCGGAGCCCCUCUCCCCUCCAAUUUCUCCCCCAAGCCGAGCCCCAAACACCCGGCCCCUCGAAAGCAGUCCCUCUCGCUUGCGGACGCAUAGCCGGGGAAGUGCGAGCGCUGCCCAAAAAGAGCAGGAGAUGGUAGCCCGGUUGACAGUGAGCGUCGAAGAAGUGGUUCUUCCGAAGGAGGGGGGUAAGGAGGGCGGGUUGCAAGAGCUGCUUGGCGGAAAGCGCGCCGCGCCGGACCGAUUCUAUGCGGUUCAUGCGCGAUACGGAGAGGCGGAGCCGUGUGUCAGUCGGGCCGUUCCGACUGCGCCGGAGGCACAGUCGACUUCGCGGGAAAACGACGCGCGGGGUUCUGGGGACGGGGACGAAAGGAGUGUUCUCCUGGAGCACACGUGCGAAGUGAUCACGCCGUUCGACGAUGCGUUUCUGGAACACCUCAAGCAGCGGCUGGCCGUGGAGGUUUGGCGGGUGGACAGCCCGAGGGAUCCCUCUCGGGGCAAACCGACUUCCAGGGGGGAGAGACGGGAAAGGGGAAGGGACCGACUGGUGGGCACCGCCUACGUUGGGCUGAGCCCCCUGCUAGACCACGGCGUCGCAGACCUGCGCGUUCCGGCGGGGUCGGAAAGCGUUGGAGUUUCAGGGGGGGUCAGGACUUUUGGGCGACAGAAGACCGAAGCGCCCAAAACUGCGAGUUUGAGUGGGGCGUUCGCAUUGGUGCAUCCGGACUCUGCGAACCUGGGAAACGCGCGCGUGAUAGUGCGGAUUUUGCUGCAGUUGGCAGAGAGGCAGAAACCGGAGACGGACCCGAGCGGACACAGUCAGGAGGCCCUCGGAUCUAGAAGUCGGUUCCAGGAAGCGUCUCCGGAACCGCUUUCACCGGUGGCAGGAAGUGGGAGUCCCGAAGUAACGCUGGGUGUGGGUGACAGUCUGGAAGCUACAUCUGAAGUAGAGUCGGAGGAAGGCCUCGGGGAGGAGCGGCAAGAAGAGGGAGGUUACGAUGGGACGAGUCUGUCGCCCGAGCGGGGGUCGGAGGCUAGUGAUGACGUGGACGAAGAGGAUUGGCUGCAGCAGCGCGCGCUCCGGCGAUCGGCUGAGCUGUUGCGGCGCUCGAAGGAAGCGCGGGCGGGGAAGCUGCGUAGCGAUGACGGUUUAGAAUUUAGAGAAGACGAGGGCGUUUCCGAGAGGGAGGGGGACGGACAUCAGACCGGAGAGACGUCGGUGCGGUCUCCAGAAAGGGCGGCAUUGUCAGUCCGCAGCGACGAGAGAGGUGACUCAAGACGGGCAACUAGGAUGGAGGGAAUUGGUGAAACUGAUGCAAGCCGGCUGCUUUCGGAAGGGAAAGGGGAAGAGUCCGAGAUCCCUAGGGGCCCAGCGAGGCGACUGGCAGGGCACGUGACGGUCACAGCUCCCCUGAAACGGGGGCCGGCAGGGAGAAGGGGCAUGCCAACCACGGGUCCGAGGACAAGAGGCAGCGGCGAAGAACGCCGGGAAAGCCUCUCCCAACACAUGACGCCGGGUUCUACAGAAACGGGUCGCCCAGCCCCGGGGCAAUCCCCCGAGCCCCUCCAAGCCGCCCCAACAGACGCGACAGCCCCCCUGCCGGACUCUCUUCCGACAGCUGCGCCCGAAAUGGGCCAGUCAGUGCCCCCUCAAAGACGGGUUCUUCAAAUCCCUCCGGAGCAACGUUACACGAGCGUCCGGGUCUGCAUCGAAGCCGCCAUGAACCUCCAGUUCACCGCAUGUCACAGCCAGGCCGAGGAGGACUUCUGGGCGGGCGCCGAGACUUCCAAAACCCUAAAGCUUGCGCGCGCAGAAACGGGUACAACUUCCAGCCUUGAGGGAUCGGAAUCCGCCGGAACGGCUGGCUUUCCGCUGCGGAACGUCCCCCAGGGGCUAUUCGUGAGCUACCGGUGGCAGGAGACGGGCGAAGUGGUGUGCAGCCCGUUGGUGGGUCCGAGCUCUAGUCCGAAAUGGUAUCACUCCCGUCACCUCCCGUUAGCCACGCCGUCACGGAACCGCCCGACCGACCGCGUCCUGGUGCUCAAAGCCUGGAAACGGUUACCCGAGCCGGGGUCCGGGGGUUCUAGCCACGUGGGCGGUGUGAAUGCGCUCCCACUGCAGCUUGGCGCGCAUGCGCGCGCGCAGGAGGCGGUGCCGUCCCCCGACCUCGACCGGUUGGUCGGCUGCGCGGCGAUCGACCUCUCGCCGCUGUUUUUGGGGAUGGAGGAAUUGUGUGGCUGGUACACUGUUCACGAUCUCCGGCAACGGUCGCUCGGGCAACUCAAAGUCGUCGUUUCCCCGGUGGAUGUGAUUCUGACGAGUUACCGGCCGGCGGACGCCGAGGGGGGGGAGGUUCGCCUGCGGAGCCCCCCGCAAAGGGGACCACCCGGGGGGGCGGGCGCGCGACGGGGGAAUGAGGAGCUGACAACGGAAAAUGCAGUCAGCCAGGAAAAAGCGGAAGCACUAAUCGAGGAGUUCAAGCUGGAAAGUCAAGUGGAAGAGGAAACGUUAGAGGGAGGGGGAUUGAACGAGGAGGAAAGCUUCGGAGAAGUGAGAUGGGGUCGCGAGUCGAGCAUGGAGGACGUCCGGCUGCGGCUCGAAGAGCUGCAGGAGAUGUCGCGGAAGAUUCUGGCGAGGCGGGGCCUCGAUGAGAGGGGGGGCGAAGUGCCGGAGUCUGAGCCGGGGGUAGGAGUGUCUGGCGGGGGCGGGGGGGUUGCGGAAGCUGCUCGCGAUAGGGGGCCCGAAGCGCUAGAAUCUGGGCAGGGGGCCGAAGUGUCGUAUCCGUACGAAGAGGUGGAAAAAGCGGGUUUUGAAGCUACGGUGGCCCCUGCCAAAGGUAUCGAGCAAGACGCGAGCGGCGGUGUCAACCGGGACGCCUGGCACGAAGGCAGCGGCGACGUGACACAGGAUUGGCACGCUGAGGAAGGAGGGCUAUUGGGGCACUUUUCGGCGAACGUGGACGUGUUUGCAGGCGGGGAAGGGUCGCCGGAAGAAGCGGACGGUGUGGAGUACGGACGCGACGAUCUCGAGGGGGGACAGGGCGGGGACGGCUGGUCGGGGGAUCCCCCAAGAGUGGCCGUUUCGUUUGAGAUGGACGAGGGGGGGGACGGAAACGACGGGUGGGCUCAGGCGAGUCCUGCGGAAAGCAACAGCCCCGGACUAAUGAAGGCGACCGGAAGUACGUUUGGGGAAAGUUUUGCCUCUAUUGACGAGGCUGUAACAUUGAGCGACAGCGGCAAUCCGGUUCCGGGUAAAUUGGGAAGAAAGGCAGCGGCAGACUUCUCCAUUGCUUCGGAGCGCAAUGUGGACCUGGAAAAAGCGAAGAAAGCUGACGAGGAAAGUGGCGACAUAUCGCGAACUAGAGAGGACGGAAACGGCACGGCUGAGGGCGUUCGAAUCGGCACAAGCCAAAACCAGCCUCCACCGAGCAACUUCCGAGCAACCGACGCAGAAAAAGCAAUCCCGGAAACGGUACGCGGGCAUGUCUCGGCAAUUGGGAAAGGGGCGGAGGAAUCCAAACCGCUGGCCCAAGCAAUGGUUGUAGAAGAGCGGUCUGUGUUCGAACGACGUUCCGUGCUCGAAGAGCGGGCGGGCCCGUCGAACCAGCUUCCUCCCCGACCCCCCAAACGGGAGGGCGCUCCUAGCCGCUACCCGUUCACCCUCCACUCCAGCAUCACCUUCGUGCCGGCCCCUCUAAAACGUUUCCGCACGGGCCCCAGCGCCUUGGUCCCGAAAAGUCCGCCAGAGGGCCCAUGGUCGUCUCAGGUCGUGCGGACAGAGCGCGACGAAGUGAAGCGCGUGAGUAGGCUAGAGGAAGUCGAGGGGUUUAGGGGGUUUAGUCGGCGAGUGGAGGCGGUCGUGUCCGCGGCCGCGGCGUCGGGGCCUGUUUGGCCGCACGGACAUGCGACCAAGAAAGAGCAACUAGAGCGGAGUGGUAAUUCUGAGCAGAGGAUGAGGUUGGUGGCGCAGGCGGAGGUGGUAGAGAGCGACGGCGAGGGGCAGCGUGCGAGGACCAGCCGAAAGAGGGAGGCCGAGCAAAGUCCUGAGAUCUGGAAAGAAGCGUGGUUGGCACCAUUGCAUCAGCCUCACUCUGAGCACAGCAAACUGGCGCUUGGAAAAGAGCUGAGCGCAAAGCUGGACUCAGAGAUUCUUGCGUUGGGGGGAUAUAAGAAGCUGGUGAUAGCCCGCUGGGCGAGGGUUGCCCAAGGACACAAGAUUUCCUCCGAUGAAGAGUUUGAUGACGCUUACUGUGACAUCGCCAACCCUCCCCGUUGGAGCAAGUCAACCGGAGAGAAGGAGUACACCAGCUCUAGAACUCGAUACUUGGUUCUUAUCAGGGUGGAGGGAAGCCUUCUUCUCUGGGGGCUCUACAAAGCAGAAGCUUUGGGCCCUCCCCGCGGGACCUGUCAUUGUAAGCCAGGUGCUGAAGAAAGAGAUACCCUGUCUCUCAGCUUCUAUGACCGACGAUUACCAAGCCUCCCAGAUCCUUCUAUCGCAAGGUUGACGAUCCGAGCAAGCAGAUUCGAGCCAGUUUACGUGGAUGUCCCUGUUGACAAGAUCCAAGAGCACUGGAGAGAAUCUUAUGGACUUGUGAGUAGAUUCGGAGGAACAAACUUGGAAUUCCAAGAGCUGGUGGCCAGCAUGGAAAUUUAUGCAUGCCUGGAUGAGCGCACCGAUCCAAAGAAACUGCCGCCAACAAGAAAGGGCAAGACCUGGGAGUGCUUCCUUUUCCUCCGGCACCCUUCGGAUCCUUCUCAAGGGUAUCACUACCUUGAUUGUGGAUUCGGCGGAAGAUUCUAUGUCUUCGUCAAAGAUGAUCAAGAGGGGGACAUCCAGGAUUCGCAGUCUUCGCUGUUACUGCACAUGGCGCAGGCAGCUGUGAGCUUCGUUUCAGAAGUCAAUGAGAAGCUUUGUCAGGCGGGAACCUGGAUUGCGGACCUGUUUGAUUGA